AUUAACCUUGCUGAUUCUCUUUUGUGCGGUAGAAUUGUCUGCCGGUUCACUGUAUCUAUAUAAAAGAUUUCUCUUGAUGCUUUUAAACAGUCACCUUGAAUUCUCAACCUGGUCAAUCUCUUUUAGGUCGGCCCUACAUAAUUGAAUGGAAAUAGAAAUUGAGUACCCCUCUCCGACUCCCAAUCUGAUCCCAUGCAAAUUAUUCAUUGCUAGAUCUUUUUUCAAGGAGUCCAACAGGAACUUUGGAUAAGGAAAAUGGUUGGUUCAUAUGGUUGCAUUUUUAUAUCUCGCCUUACAAGCUAAUCAUUAGGUUUAUUUAUAAUUUGAGCGAGCGAGAUUGAUUCAGGUUAUCGCUGAAAUUGAUGGACAGAAGCAAUCCAACUCAAGCAGAUUGUAUUACUGCCAAAUCAACCCCAAAGUGAAUGGAACUUAUCUAAAGCUUAUAUCUAAUUGACAAACUGAAUUUCAGUUUUGAAUUUUAUGAAAUUAAACAAGUUUGUUGAUAAAUGUUUUUCAAGUUACCAAAGUAUAAUUCAAUUAGUUUGACUUUGACAUGCUCUUCCGCUUCUUGAUUUUUAGCUCUUUCUAGUGGAUCCCCGUUCUUCAUAUUCAAGCAAUCUGUUUUUCUAUAGUUUCACAUUCAGUAAUUAAUGGUUAUAUAUAUGAUGUAAUUGAUGAGUCGACUAUAGUAUAUGAUAAUUAAAUCGUUAUGAGGUUUAAGGUCGAGUCCAAUCAUAUUUCUAUGCUUGUACUUGUUUAUAUCAUGACACGAUUAUGUCCAUCUGUUAUAUGAUGGAUUAUCUAUCAUAUUAUAAUUUGAACAAAUUAUUGUGAAGAAUGUAUGUUUAAUUAUAUCUUGAAAUUUCUAUGACUUUAUAGAGAUAAUUUGCAAUAUAAUCAGCCAUUGUAAAAAUAGUUUUUUUUAGCUGGGCGCAAAAAUACGAACUUCUAAACUCUCAAGGAAAUAGACUUUAAUCAAUUACGCACGAAUUGACAAAUAAAAAAUAGUUUCAAUGAUUUCAGAGUUCCAGUAAACGCUUGGUUAACACUCAAUAAGGAAUUGUCACAUUUCAAAGCAGAAGCUUCUCAAUCAUGGACUUGUGGCAACUCCAAAAGCCUAAAAUUUCCAAUUGUAUCUUAAGAAUCUAAGGCUGCUACAAUUGUGGAACUGAAAGAAGGAAAGAAUAAAAGCCAGCGUCUCUAAUACCAAUACAAAUGAAACUAAAAAAAAUGAAAGACAAAGAAAGUCGCUUUGCUUGAAGUUCUUUACCUUCACCUCUUAAAAAGCCUUUAUGGAAAGGAAAUCUGAAAUAACUUCCCACAAUUACAAUUCCUUUCUUGCUUUCAAUAUUUCAAACCUCAGAAAUGUUCUUCUCUUCAUCGUUAUCCUUGUUUCUGUUUCAGCUUUUCGUCUCUCUCACUCUUCAAUUACAUAUAACAUUUUCUCAAACUCUGUCAAUUAAGGUAUAUAUAUCUCAGAUCACAAGACAAAAGCAAGACAAUAAUCAUCACUUUAUCAUCAAGUUGAAAACUGUUGUAGAAGACAAUUGAAGGAAAAAAUGGCCAUGGCAGCAGCCAGCUUGAUGAGAUUAGACACACCAAUUUCUGACAGUCUAAACGAUGCAUUGAGGAGAUCCCAUAACCCAAUGAAGAAAUGCUUUGCCAGGUUUCUUGAGAAUGGGAAGAGGUUGAUGAAAUGCCAAGAUUUGAUGAAAGAUGUGGAGAUAACAAUUGAAGACAAGCAUGAGAAGAGCCAUGUUUUGGAAGGCUUUCUUGGCUACAUUCUAAGUAAUACUCAGGAGGCUGCUGUUGUCCCUCCGAACGUCGCUCUAGCCGUGAGGCCGAGUCCCGGUUUCUGGGAGUUUGUUAAGGUGAAUGCUACAAGUUUGGAAGUAGGAGACCUUACUGUUUCAGAGUACUUGAAGUUUAAGGAAGCCAUCUUUGAUGAGAAUUGGGCAAAUGAUGAAAAUGCUCUAGAGAUAGAUUUUGGAGCCAUUGAAUUCAGCGCCCCUCGCUUGAGCCUUCCGUCAUCGAUUGGAAACGGAGUCAACUUGAUCUCAAAAUUCAUCAGUUCAAGGUUUGGUGAGGAUAAACAGAAUGUCAAGGCACUUGUUGAUUAUCUGCUGGCUCUUCACCAUCGAGGACAGAGUCUUAUGAUCAAUAAGAAACUUAACACUGUUUCCAAGCUUCAAUCGGCAUUGUUUGCAGCCCAAGUAUAUCUAUCUUCACUGCCAAAAGACACGCCAUAUGAAGAAUUUAAGCACAAGAUGAAAGGAUGGGGAUUUGAGAAAGGAUGGGGAAGCACUUCAGAGAGGGUAAGAGAAACAAUGUUGAUCCUUUCUGAGGUCCUCCAAGCACCAGAUCCAGCAAAAUUGGAGUUACUGUUUAGCAAGCUUCCAACCACAUUGAAUAUUGUAAUCUUUUCGCCUCACGGCUAUUUCGGCCAGGCAGGCGUCCUUGGUUUGCCCGACACCGGCGGUCAGAUUGUCUACAUUCUGGAUCAAGUGAGAGCUUUAGAAGAAGAGUUGCUGAACAGAAUUGAGCAGCAAGGCCUGCAAGCAAAGCCUCAGAUUCUUGUGGUGACAAGGUUAAUACCCGAUGCACGAGGGACGAAGUGCAAUGUAGAGUUAGAGCCUAUAGAAAACACAAAGCAUUCUCACAUUCUCAGGGUCCCAUUCUUCACACAAAAUGGAGUCCUUCGCCAAUGGGUUUCGCGUUUUGAUGUCUAUCCAUACUUGGAGAGAUUUGUCAAGGAUGCCACUGGUAAGAUCCUUGAAGUCAUGAAUUGCAAACCAGACCUCGUCAUUGGCAACUACACUGAUGGAAACUUGGUUGCUUCUUUGAUGGCUAAGAAACUUGGAAUUACACAGGGAAUUAUAGCACACGCUUUGGAGAAAACAAAGUACGAGGAUUCGGAUGCUAAAUGGAAGGAACUUGAUCCAAAGUAUCAUUUUUCAUGUCAAUUCACAGCUGAUUUGAUCUCAAUGAAUGCAACUGAUUUCAUUAUAACAAGUACUUAUCAAGAAAUUUCAGGAAGCAAAAACAGGCCAGGACAAUAUGAAAGCCAUGAGGCCUUUACUAUGCCUGGACUUUAUAGAGUAGUCUCAGGUAUUAAUGUGUUUGACCCCAAAUUCAACAUUGCUGCUCCUGGGGCUGAUCAAUCUGUCUAUUUUCCUUUCACUGAGAAAUCGAAGCGACUUACUAAUUUUCAUCCCGAUAUCGAGGAACUACUUUAUAGCAGAGAAAACAAUGAUGAGCACAUAGGUUACCUUGCAGAUAAGAAGAAGCCAAUUAUUUUCUCAAUGGCAAGGCUUGAUACAGUGAAAAACAUAACUGGGUUGACUGAAUGGUAUGGUAAAAACAGGAAGCUGAGAAGUUUAGUAAACCUUGUGGUGGUAGCUGGAUUCUUUGAUCCAUCAAAAUCAGAGGACAGGGAAGAAAUUGCUGAGAUAAAAAAGAUGCAUUCCCUGAUAGAAAAAUAUAAACUCAGGGGACAAAUCAGAUGGAUAGCAGCUCAAACUGAUCGAUACCGCAAUGGAGAGCUAUACCGGUGCAUUGCUGAUACAAAAGGAGCUUUUGUGCAGCCUGCACUUUAUGAGGGUUUUGGCCUAACAGUCAUCGAGGCAAUGAACUGUGGAUUGCCUACUUUUGCAACAAACCAAGGAGGCCCAGCCGAGAUAAUUGUCGAUGGAGUCUCAGGCUUCCAAAUCGAUCCGAACAAUGGAGACAAAUCAAGCAAAAAGAUUGUUGCAUUCUUUGAGAAAUGCAAGUCAGAUGCUGGAUAUUGGAACAAGAUGUCAGAAGCUGGUCUUCAGCGAAUAUAUGAAUGCUACACUUGGAACAUAUAUGCAAAGAAGGCUCUGAACAUGGGAUCAAUUUAUGGAUUUUGGAGGCAGUUAACAAAGGACCAAAAACAAGCCAAGAUGAGAUACAUUGAAUUCCUUUACUCUCUCUUGUUUAGGAAAUUGGUGAAGAACAUUUCAAUCCCUACCGAAGAAUCCUUGCCAGCUCCAACUGCCACAGCCACACCACAGCAGCCGACAACGGAGCUCCGAUCCCGGAGAUCGGCUGCCGCUCUGCCGGAGCCAAGACCAAGGAGUGAAGAUAGGAGUUCAGUAGUGGAGCUUGGCCAGAGUGGGAAUGGGCUAUCAAACACCAUAAAAAAGAUGUGCUUUUUGGCUGGCUCUCUCUUGGUUGCUUACUACAUGCUAAAGAGGAUUUCUGGAGUAAAUCAAGCAUAUGAUGAUUUACCACUAUAACCUUCUUAUAAUUCAACUUUCUUUGCGUAAACUAAAUUAUAAUAAUCACUCGUCAACUCAAAGAACUUGCUGAGGUUGCCAACCCAUGUGGACCAUACUGUAUAAUUUACCCACAUGAAUAAAUUCAUUCAUUCCUUUUUUUUUUUUUUUGGGAACCAAAAGU